AUGUCCCUCAUUGGGGGCUUCAACUUUGGGCCGAACGACCGGACCGAACAAUCAGACGGUGUUCCCCACUCCCCCCACACUAAGGACAUUUUAAGACACGAACGGCACUUGUCGCAGCAGGACGAGACUCUUGGUGAUCCCGAGACCACUCUUAAGUCCAAGCAGCAUGUAGCCAGCCUCGCCCGCCAGUUUUCCCGCGACUCCCUGGCCGGCAAAGAAGACAUCUUCAACUACGUCAAAGGCAGCCACCUCGACCCCUUCAGCGAGACGUUUGACGCCCAACAGUGGACCAAACAGCUCACUGAGGUCAGCCGUAAUGAGGGCCGUCUCAGUCGCACGAGCGGUGUCGCUUUCCGCAACUUGGGAGUGUACGGCUAUGGUUCAGAGGCAGACUACCAGCAGACGGUCGGCAACAUCUUCUACCACUUGCUGCAGCAGGCUCGUGACCACCUCGGCCACAGUCGCCGCAAGGUCCAGAUCUUGACGGGCUUUGACGGUGUGCUCGAUUCGGGCGAGAUGCUUGUCGUUCUUGGACCUCCCGGCAGUGGCUGUACUACCUUCCUCAAGACGAUUGCAGGGAACAUGCACGGCAUCUACCUCGACGAAGGCGUCGAGAUGAACUACCGCGGUAUCACUUUGGAGCAGAUGAACAGCCAGUUCCGCGGAGAGUCCAUCUACACUGCCGAGGUCGACGUUCAUUUCCCCAAGCUCCUUGUGGGCGACACCCUUGCGUUUGCCGCUCGCGCUCGCGCCCCCGUCAAUCCUCCUGGCGGGCUAAGCCAAGCCAAGUUUGCCUCGUACAUGAAGGAUAUCGUCAUGGCCGUGUUUGGUAUCACGCACACCAUUAACACCAAGGUUGGGAACGACUUCAUCCGUGGCGUGUCUGGCGGCGAGCGCAAGCGUGUGACUAUUGCCGAGGCGACUCUUGCCGGCGCCCCGCUGCAAUGUUGGGACAACUCGACGCGUGGUCUCGACUCUGCCAAUGCGCUCCAGUUCUGCAAGACCAUUCGCGCCCAGACCGAGUACUUUGGCACGACCGCCGUGGUUGCCAUUUACCAGGCACCACAGGUUGCCUAUGACAUUUUCGACAAGGUGUCGGUCAUUUACGAUGGCCAACAAAUCUUCUAUGGUCGUUGUGACAUGGCCAAGGACUUCUUCGUGCGCAUGGGUUUCCACUGCCCGCGCGAGCAAACGACUCCAGACUUCCUCACGUCCCUCACGAGCCCUAACGAGCGUCAGGCCCGGUGGGGAUUCGAGCAUACCGUACCGACAAACGCGGACGAGUUUGUUCGGCGUUGGAAGGCUAGCCCCGAGUAUGAGCAGCUCUUGGCCGAUAUCACCGCCUUUGAGCAGCGCCAUCCUGUCAAUGGCGAAGAGUAUGACAAGUUCCUCGCGUCUCGUCGCCAACAGCAGUCCAAACACGCACGCGUCAAGUCCCCCUACACGCUCUCAUACGGCGGCCAGAUCAAACUCUGCCUUAUUCGUGGCUACCAGCGCCUCGCCUCCGACCCUUCAAUGGUCGUAGCCAUGCUUAUCGGCAACAGUGUUAUGGCCCUCAUCACCAGCUCUAUAUUCUACAACCUUCCUUCCACCACCGGCUCCUUCUUCUCUCGUUGCGCCGCUCUGUUCUUCGCCAUUCUCCUCAACGCGUUCAGUUCGGCCCUCGAGAUUCUCACCCAGUACGCCCAGCGUCCUAUUGUGGAGAAGCACAACGAGUAUGCCUUCUACCGUCCAUCCGCAGAAGCGUUUGCCUCGAUCCUGUGCGAUAUCCCGUACAAGCUUAUGAACGCCGUUGCCUUCAAUACUGUCACCUACUUCAUGGUCAACCUUCGCCGCGAGCCAGGCGCAUUCUUCUUCUUCUUCCUCGUCACCUUUUUGCUCACCAUGACCAUGUCAAUGCUGUUCCGUGCCAUUGCUUCAAUCUCCCGCACACGUGAGCAGGCAAUGCCGCUGGCUGGUCUCAUGAUCCUCUCGCUGGUCCUCUACACGGGUUUCACUAUUCCGAAAGCGUACAUGCUGGGUUGGGCAAGCUGGAUUCGGUUUAUCAACCCCAUCGGAUACGGUUUCGAAUCGCUCCUCAUCAACGAGUUCACCAACCGUAACUUCACUUGUUCGCAGUUUAUUCCGUCCAUGGGACCAUAUGUCAACGUCACCGGGCUCGCCAGAGUGUGCACCACGGUUGGUGCCGCGGCAGGCGCUGACUUUGUCAAUGGCGACACGUACCUGUGGGAAGCCUACGGGUACAAGCACAGCCACAAGUGGCGCAACGUCGGCUUCAUCAUCUGCCUCAUGCUGUUUUUCAUGUUCCUCUACCUCCUCGCUACUGAGUCGAUUCAGGCCCGAAAGUCCAAGGGCGAGGUCCUCAUUUACCCGCGUCUCAGGAUCCCCGACGAGUUUAAGCACAAGGGCAAACAGGAUGACGCCGAGGCCGCCAUGGCUGGAGCUGCACGUAAGGCUCAUCUCGCCAAUGACACCAAAGGACAACCAGAGCUCGAAGACACUGUCAUUCAAAAGCAGACAAGCCUCUUUUCGUGGCAAGACGUCACACUUGACAUCAAAAUCAAGGGCGAACCUCGCCGUCUGUUGGACCACGUUGACGGUUGGGUCAAGCCUGGUACUUUGACUGCGUUAAUGGGUGUCUCUGGUGCCGGAAAGACAGUUCUUCUCGACACCCUCGCCGAGCGCAUGACUCUUGGCGUUAUCGGUGGCGAUGUUCUCGUCGACGGUAGCCCACGUGAUCAAUCAUUCCAACGCAAGAUUGGCUACGUUCAACAGCAAGAUCUGCAUCUUGAGACAUCCACUGUGCGUGAGGCCCUUCGCUUCAGUGCCUGUCUUCGUCAACCUCGCUCGGUGCCCCGCAAGGAAAAGUACGACUACGUCGAGGAGAUCCUCAAGCUCCUGGAGAUGGACACCUAUGCAGAGGCCGUGGUUGGAACUCCCGGAGAGGGCCUCAACGUAGAGCAGCGUAAGCGCCUCACCAUUGCCGUGGAACUGGUGGCCAAGCCCCAGCUCCUUUUGUUCCUCGACGAACCGACUUCCGGCCUUGACUCGCAAACUUCAUGGAACAUUCUCAAGCUGCUUGAAAAGCUCACGGCCCACCAGCAAGCCAUCCUCUGUACCAUCCACCAGCCGUCGGCUAUGCUUUUCCAGCAGUUUGACCGGCUUCUGUUCCUCGCAAAGGGCGGCCGCCCAGUUUACUUUGGCAAGAUUGGAAAGGGCUCAAGUGACCUUGUCGACUACUUUGUCCGCAACGGUGCCCCCCCUCCUCCAAAGGGCGGUAACCCUGCCGAGUGGAUCUUCAAUGCUAUCGGUGCGGCCCCCGGUAGCCACACGGACGUUGACUGGGUCGAGACUUGGAACAAAUCUCCUGAAAAGGCCGAGGUACACGCCGAACUUACCCGCAUUCGUGAUGAGGGUGAUGCACUGGCCGAGGUCCACCAAGAUGAUGGCCCGGUGCAAGAUUCGUCUUACGCUGCGCCUUUCGGGGAACAACUCCGCGAAGUUUACGUCCGCAUCAUGCAGCAGUACUGGCGCACACCGACGUACAUCUGGUCCAAGUUCCUGCUCACCAGUGUCACGGGGCUGUUUAUAGGCUUCUCGUUCUUCAAGGCUGGCACAUCUCAACAGGGUUUGCAAAACCAGCUGUUCAGUGUCUUCAUGGUGUUUACAACGUUCGGCCAGCUGUCACAACAAAUCAUGCCCACCUUCGUCACCCAGCGCAGCCUGUACGAAGUCCGCGAACGGCCGUCCAGGACCUACUCUUGGAUCGUGUUCAUGAUGUCCAACAUCCUGGCCGAAAUUCCAUGGGACCUCGCUGUAGGCACGACCAUGUUCUGCCAAUGGUAUUACCCGCCUGGGUUCUACCGCAACGCCAUUGAAGCAGGACAAGUCACCGAGCGUGGCGGUCUCAUGUGGCUCUACCUGGUCAUCUUUAUGCUUUUUAUCUCCACGUUCACCCACAUGGUCGUUGCCGGUGUCGAGCUCGCUGAAACGGCCAGUUUCUUCGCCAACUUCAUGUUCUCCAUGUCUCUGAUCUUCUGCGGUGUCAUGGUCCCCAGGAGCAAACUGCCCGGUUUCUGGAAAUUUAUGAACCGCGUCUCCCCAUUUACCUACUUUGUCGAAGGCAUGCUCUCGGUCGCCACAGCCAACACCGAGGUCGUCUGCGCUGCCAACGAGUAUCGCCCUAUUGUGCCGCCCGGCAAUCUCACCUGUGCCGAGUACAUGGGCCCAUACAUGGCUGCUGCUGGUGGAUACCUCAAAGACCCGAGUGCGAUUACCAAUUGCGAAUUCUGCGCCAUCUCAUCCACCAACACGUUCCUCAAGAGCGUCGAUGUCUAUUACUCUCAUCGCUGGCGUAACUGGGGCUUGAUCUGGGUUUACAUCGUGUUCAACAUAUCAGCGUCGUUGCUUCUUUACUGGUUCCUCCGUGUGCCGCACAAGAAGUUGGACAGUACCAAAGAAGGCAAGCACCACCACCGCCGUCGCCGCCACUCUAUCCUUUCGCGUCGUAGCUCGCGCGCUAGCCACAGCUCGCAUCCAAACACGGCUGCCGAGACGCCGGUGGUCACCGAGAAGGCCCCACCUUUGCCCACAGAUGUCUCGCCUCCCGGCAGCACACCGUCCGAGUCCAUCAACCACGAGAUUGCCUCGGUGACUACCCAGCUUUACGCUGAGAAACACACCAACGCGCCUCAGUCUUAA